AUGAAUCUGAUUAUUCUGAUAGUCUUCUUAUUUUCACUGGUUUCGGGCGCGAAAAUUCGAAAAUUGAUCGAUUUUUUGGAGAAGGAUGCGCCGAAUGAUAUCGAGAAGGCACCGAAUUAUAAUGAAGAAAGUGUGGCGUUUAGGAGGGGGAUUUUCAGCAUCCAAACCAAGAAGACCAUUGUGAACACAGUGUUAUUGAAGUCUUUAAGACUCACUAAAGGUGCGAACUCGCCGCUAACCGACAAAGAGCUCGCCGAUAUCGAUAUAGAAGUGGAAUACGAGUGUAUUUGCCAAAAAGGGACCUUUGGAGGGUUGUGUGAUGAGUCGGAUGUGGAUAGAAAGUGUCAAGAAGUGUACUGUCUUGGUAGAGGCAAAGGAACGUGUGAACAACUGUCGGCAUGCUUCGAUACACAAUGCCAGAAUGGUGGCGUUUGUGAGGAUGUGGUGGAUUGGCAGACCAAAACUGUCACUGCUACCUGUAAAUGCCCACAAACUUUGGAGAUUAUUGGUGGUACAGUAACUGGCGAAAACUGUGAAAAUCUGAAAAUCCCGGACACAAUCCCGGCGGAUCUGGUUCCUUGCGCCGCGGGACGAAAUUCUUGGUACUUUUUCGAAAGGUUAAUUGCCCAAAUCGACAUCGGUCUUGAUAAGGAUAUCUGGGAGUUGGGGGCAAUUCAGAAAGACUAUCAUGAUGGCGAGACGAAAAACGGGAAAAUGGAUAGCGGAUGGUGUAAAAAUGAUGGGAAAUGUGUAGCAGAAGUGAUUAGAGUCCAAACCUCUCGGGCCUACUAUAUCCAUCGUUGUGAGUGCCCGAACCGUCUUACCGAUGGUUAUUAUUGUGAGUAUAAGCGUCACGACGCGUGCUCUUUAACUCGAGAAGAGCUGGCUCGCGGAGCACGUUGGGAUGAGAAAUGCACCGAUUCUCAGCAUGGAGCAUGUGUGGAUAUUAACGGCGAGGCGACGUGUGUCUGCAAACCGGACUACACCGGUGAGACAUGCGAAGUGUUCGACCCAUGUGCCAGACACCCUUGUAAGCAUGGCGACUGUAUUCCGAUUCCCUCGUCAGCCGACGUGGCAUUUGGCACCAGCCGAUUUCAGUGUCUUUGCCCGUUAUCCGCUAAACUGGAUACGGAAAAUAACGAUUGUGUGGAGAUAAAUGAGAAGAAGUGUGCGAAGGGAGUGUGUGGCAACGGGCGGUGUGUACCGUGUGAUAGCGAUAUCCCCUCGGCCGACGACCUAAUGCCUCUGUGCAACCCAAACGAGAAGGCCCAGGGCUUCAGAUGUCUCUGUGAAUCCGGAUACUUGCCACCGUUCUGUAAGAUUCACACGAAUCCAUGCUAUCACAAUUUGUGCCAGAAUUCUGGCACGUGUCGAGUGGAUCCAAAGACACGGAGCUAUGACUGUCAAUGCUUAAACGGAACACGUGGAAGUCUAUGCGAGACCAUCGACGAUUCAUGCGACGCCUUCGGAAGCAAAAUCUGCGUCCACGGCGUCUGCGUCAACGACGCCUACUUCCAUCGCGGAUUCUCGUGUGAAUGCGUCGAAGGAUUCGAGGGAUUCGACUGCGACGUCGCCGUCGGAUGGUCAAGUGUCUGGUAUUCUCGUUUCGAGAGAAAUUACCAAUACACCGGGCCACUUCUCGCGUGUCUCCUAUCGCUCAUCGUCAUGUUCCCACUGAUUCUGAUGAGCAGAAGACGUCGUGACGAAGCGUCGUUAGCACCGACGUCGUCGUCAGAUGGGGGGACGAAAGUGGAAGAGGGAAAAUCCAUGAAUAUUUGA